AUGGCGGAGAUAACAACGUCAAAGCGACUGCGAGAUCACAUCAGCCAAGGGCGGGCGAUUGUGGGUGGGGGCGCAGGUAUUGGGCUAAGUGCAAAGAUACAAGAGGCAGGGGGGAUUGACCUCAUUAUCCUAUACAACUCCGGUCGCUACCGGAUGGCUGGUAGAGGAUCCUUGGCAGGUCUGAUGCCUUACGGCGACGCGAAUGCCAUCAUGCUAGAUAUGGCCCGUGAAACUCUGACAGUUGUGAAAAAUACGGCGGUCUUGGCUGGCAUAUGCGGGACGGACCCAUUUCGGGAUAUGUCGCAGCUGCUGGAGGAGGUCAAAGGCCUGGGCUUCACUGGAGUCCAGAACUUCCCCACAGUUGGCCUCAUUGACGGUGUAUUCCGACAGAACCUGGAGGAGACAGGGAUGAGCUAUGAGAAGGAGGUUGAAAUGAUUCGAAUGGCACACGAACUUGAUCUGCUAACGACACCAUACGUUUUCAAUGUCGACGAGGCGCAACGUAUGACAGGGGCGGGAGCCGAUGUCAUCGUAGCCCACAUGGGCCUCACGACGAGUGGUACUAUCGGUGCAAAAACCGCGUUGGCCCUUGAUGAUUGCGUGGUCCGGGUCAAGGAGAUUCUGGAUGCGGCUGUGAAGAUCAACCCCGAAAUUAUAGUUCUUUGCCACGGCGGUCCCAUUGCCACACCAUCAGACGCAAAAUAUAUCAUCGAAAGGGUUCAGGGCAUUCAUGGUUUCUUUGGUGCUAGUUCGAUCGAGCGACUGCCAGUUGAAGCUGCCAUGAAGGAGGUGACCCAGGAAUUUAAAUCAAUCCGUUUAUCUACCCGUCUGGUGAGAAGAACCAUCUUUUGA